AGGUAUCAAACAAAGAUAGAGUACUGAGUUUCGAUAUCGAAACCAAUCGAAACGUGAUCGAAACAAAAGCAUCGAUAGCGUAAUGACGUAAACAGAUAACAAAGUUCUAGCAAAGCCGGCAAAUUUGACAGUUUACGAGCGAUAUCCGGAGUAAGGGGACGUGUCCCUAGUUGUCCGGGACGCGCGGAAGCUUAUGUGACGUGGAAGUGAAAUCCUGACGAUGCUGGUGUUGUUAUGCGCGUGCGCAUAUCUGGCUGCGGGCGCAGCGGAGCCGGCGCUGCAGGGCUCCUCGCGCUGGUCGGUGGCGUCCAGCGUGCUGCUGAGCGACGCGGCCACCACGGGAGGAGAGUUGGGGUAUCGUCUGCAAGCCGCGCUGACGUUGCGCGCGCAGCCGCUAGAAGAAGGGCUGUUGCUGCACUUCACGCUGGAGUCCCCUCAGCUGAUGCUCCGAGGCAAGCACCAGAAUGCAGAGUUCCUCCCGAAGCCUUCCAUAUGGGACUCCAUGCCCAGCUCUGAGUUCCUGGCCGUGUGGAGUGAAGGCCACAUUACGGAGGCCUUGCUUGACCCCGCAGACCCUCCUGAUGUGCUGGACUAUAAGAAGGCUCUCAUCAGCUUAUUCCAGUUCCAAGUAGAGGAGGGUGAGCGCAAUGAGACCGAUGUGUCGGGCUACUGUCAUGUGCACUAUGAUGCCGUCUCCGAAUUGGUCUUCAGGAAAAGCAAGAUGCAAUGCACGUGGCAAGAAACGGUAGACGAGGACGAAAACGACGGCUGCGCGGAGCGACGGCGAGUCGUUCGCUACGAAUUGGCCCCGGGCGGUGUCCUCAAGAGUAUUACUGCCGAUGAAGUACUGCUACUGCGCGGCACGGACCGCACACACGCGCUAAAGGCGCGCGCGCUGCACAUGCUGGCCCUUGCGGGUGCGCCCGCGCCGGCCCCGGCCCCGGCCCCGGCGGGACUCGCCGCGGCGCGCGAGCGUCUCCCCGCGCUGCAGCCCGCCCCGCUGCCGCUCGAACUGAGGCCCGAAUCCGAUGAUGACCCAAAGGAGUCCCUGUCCUCGGCGCUGUCGGCGCACCGCGCGGCCGUCGAGGAGGCGCGCGCCGGCAGCGCGGAGGCGGCCGCGGCCACGCUGGCGCUGCUGCCCGCCAUACGAGCCGCCACGGCUAACGAGCUGACGGCGCUGCUCGACCAUCCCGAUACUGACGAGUUAGAAGGCCUAGUCCGCGUACUCGGCCUGGCGGGGUCACGCGGCGCACAUCUGGCUGCGCGUGAGACGCUACAAUUACAAGCUAAAGAACCGCCCCGAGAACACCUCGGCAGGGAAUACCUCGCCGCACUGGCUAUAGCACCGGAGGUGGAGGAGUUUGUGAUCCGCGACGCGAUGAAGCUGGGCGCUGCGGGCGGCGCGCUCGCCCCCGCGGCCUCACUAGCGGCCGCCGCGGCGACGGCGACGCACCGCCCCCGCCCCCGCCCCCGCCACCGCGCGCCCCCCACUGCACGAGACGCCCUCACUACGGAGGUCAAGAACUCACUCACCAGAAGCCUCUCUAAGUGCAAGGAGGACGCAUGCUCCGCGGCGCGGAUUCUCGCUCUAGGACAGCUCCGAAGGCCCGAGCUGGUCGAGCUGUUCCUAGAACACGCCGAAAAGGGCGAGCGCGCAACCGCGCUCGCCGCCAUUGCUGCACUACGAGCUGUGGCUAAAGAGGGCUACAGUUACUACGGGCCGCAGCGUCGACGCCUGCAGGCCGCGGCGCUGGGCCUGCUCGCGCGGCCGCGGCCGCUGGACGUGCGCGCGGCCGCGCUCGAGCUGCUCUUACUCUCGGCGGCCGACCGCCCGCUUGCGCUGUGUACGGCUACAGUUACUACGGGCCGCAGCGUCGACGCCUGCAGGCCGCGGCGCUGGGCCUGCUCGCACGGCCGCGGCCGCUGGACGUGCGCGCGGCCGCGCUCGAGCUGCUCUUACUCUCGGCGGCCGACCGCCCGCUUGCGCUGUGGCUACAGUUACUACGGGCCGCAGCGUCGACGCCUGCAGGCCGCGGCGCUGGGCCUGCUCGCGCGGCCGCGGCCGCUGGACGUGCGCGCGGCCGCGCUCGAGCUGCUCUUACUCUCGGCGGCCGACCGCCCGCUUGCGCUGUGUACGGCUACAGUUACUACGGGCCGCGCUCGAGCUGCUCUUACUCUCGGCGGCCGACCGCCCGCUUGCGCUGUGUACGUAUACAGGGCCAUGAUAAUGUUUGCAGGGCUACAGUUACUACGGGCCGCGCUCGAGCUGCUCUUACUCUCGGCGGCCGACCGCCCGCUUGCGCUGUGUACGGCUACAGUUACUACGGGCCGCAGCGUCGACGCCUGCAGGCCGCGGCGCUGGGCCUGCUCGCACGGCCGCGGCCGCUGGACGUGCGCGCGGCCGCGCUCGAGCUGCUCUUACUCUCGGCGGCCGACCGCCCGCUUGCGCUGUGGCUACAGUUACUACGGGCCGCAGCGUCGACGCCUGCAGGCCGCGGCGCUGGGCCUGCUCGCGCGGCCGCGGCCGCUGGACGUGCGCGCGGCCGCGCUCGAGCUGCUCUUACUCUCGGCGGCCGACCGCCCGCUUGCGCUGUUGGGACUGACGCGGGGGCUCCGCGAGCACGGACCGCGGGAGUUGCGGCGGCUGUGCUGGCUGCGGCUGCAGCAGCUGGCUGCCACCAGGGCCGAGCUGGCGAUGCUGCUGCCCUCGCUGGACCCCAGGCCUAGAGACUGGUUCCGAAGGGCGCAUGAUGGUACAUCGUCGGUGCUGGAGCGUGCAGCACAGUGGGCGCGGCUGGACUCGUCGCAGCUCGCCAGCGCGGGCGUGCUCAGCCGAGGCAAGGUGGAGCUGGCAGCACACACACCGGUCGAGGAACUACAUCUGCUAACCGUGGAGAUAUGGACGCGCGGCAUGGAAUCAUUCGCGACGCCUCCUGUGAUACCCGGCGCGGCGAGAGAGGCCGAAGACGAGCUAAAACCAGAGGAAGAGGAGGCCGUCGAGGGGGGGCUAGCGCUCACUGUAGGAGGGGUCAGGAGGCCUGACGUCACGCUCUUCAACGGACAGGGCGAGCUUCUGGGCCACAUCUGGUCGGGCACGGGCUCCUCCCCGACGCCGGUGCUGCGCGCCGUGCUGCCCCGCGGCCACGUCACCCACCACUACGCGCUGCAGGCCGGCCUCGUGCUGCGAGGGAGAGUGCAGCAGGCGCUGGCACUAGCCCAGGAUGCGCAGGUAACGUUGCUGGCCACGUCGGGCACGGGCCGGCCUCGUGCUGCGAGGGAGAGUGCAGCAGGCGCUGGCACUAGCCCAGGAUGCGCAGGUAACGUUGCUGGCCACGUCGGGCACGGGUGCCUCCCCACCCCCAUCCCCCGCGGCCACGUCACCCACCACUACGCGCUGCAGGCCGGCCUCGUGCUGCGAGGGAGAGUGCAGCAGGCGCUGGCACUAGCCCAGGAUGCGCAGGUAACGUUGCUGGCCACGUCGGCCACGGGCCGGCCUCGUGCUGCGAGGGAGAGUGCAGCAGGCGCUGGCACUAGCCCAGGAUGCGCAGGUAACGUUGCUGGCCACGUCGGCCACGGGUGCCUCCCCACCCCCAUCCCCCGCGGCCACGUCACCCACCACUACGCGCUGCAGGCCGGCCUCGUGCUGCGAGGGAGAGUGCAGCAGGCGCUGGCACUAGCCCAGGAUGCGCAGGUAACGUUGCUGGCCACGUCGGGCACGGGCCGGCCUCGUGCUGCGAGGGAGAGUGCAGCAGGCGCUGGCACUAGCCCAGGAUGCGCAGGUAACGUUGCUGGCCACGUCGGCCACGGGUGCCUCCCCACCCCCAUCCCCCGCGGCCACGUCACCCACCACUACGCGCUGCAGGCCGGCCUCGUGCUGCGAGGGAGAGUGCAGCAGGCGCUGGCACUAGCCCAGGAUGCGCAGGUAACGUUGCUGGCCACGUCGGCCACGGGCCGGCCUCGUGCUGCGAGGGAGAGUGCAGCAGGCGCUGGCACUAGCCCAGGAUGCGCAGGUAACGUUGCUGGCCACGUCGGGCACGGGUGCCUCCCCACCCCCAUCCCCCGCGGCCACGUCACCCACCACUACGCGCUGCAGGCCGGCCUCGUGCUGCGAGGGAGAGUGCAGCAGGCGCUGGCACUAGCCCAGGAUGCGCAGGUAACGUUGCUGGCCACGUCGGGCACGGGUAACGUUGCUGGCCACGUCGGCCACGGGUGCCUCCCCACCCCCAUCCCCCGCGGCCACGUCACCCACCACUACGCGCUGCAGGCCGGCCUCGUGCUGCGAGGGAGAGUGCAGCAGGCGCUGGCACUAGCCCAGGAUGCGCAGGCACAAGUAUCCCUCUGGGGCCGCACGGCACGCGCGGGGCUGGCGCUGCGCGGGGCCGGCGUCGAGUCCCGGAGCCUGCGCCUGCGCACCCGCUGGGGCGGCGUCACGGCGCACGCGCACGCGCACAUACAACCGGAGCUGACUAUAGCGGCGGCGCUAGACUUCUACGACAAGCCGCAGCUGUGUGUGCACACCGCAGUUCCUGACUACACCUACAGCCGCAACGUGACGCUGGAGUCGGUCCUGGGCGCCGGCGCGCUGCGCGUGCGCCGCGCGCGCGUGACGUCACGCCGCGUGCCCGGCCGCACGCUCGCGCUCGGCGCUCCCAACGACGCCGCGUGCGCCGCGCUCGGCGCCGAGCACCAAGACUAAACCUGCGACUGACGACUGACGUGAAUCGCAAUCGAGGUGAUAUCACUCCACCUCCCGGGUCGUACACGUACACUACUAUACUAGCUCUACGAGAAUAGGUGCGCCUGAUGGUGCCGCGAUGACGUGCAAGUGGCGUGAGUUGCAGUCGUAUGUGGCGUCACUAGCUCCGGGCGCUCGUAAUGAAGUGGCCUUCUAUCUUCUAUCUACUCGCGGAACAUCGCAGCUGGAGUGUGGUCCGCGUGCCCGCCGGCGCCGCGCUCGGCUCUCGGCGCGCGCGGCGUACAGUGUUCGCGACCUCCAUGUAUAAUGCACUAAAUCUUGCAUCACGAGGCGCCAUUCAUUUAUUACGUAACACGAUUUUUGCCAGUUAUUAACUCCGUCCCCUAUGUAAGAAAACAUAGAAUACAAAACCCCAUCCCUCCUGUAUUACGUUAAAAUCUAAAGUAAAAAAAAAAUAUUUUUUGUUUAAAAAAAAAUAUUUUUGAAGUGUACGAUUAUAAGUAAGUAAAAAAAAAAUACACGCUCCCCCCCCCCUAAAUCGUCUUACGUAAUUAAUGAAUUUCGCGUGACUGAUAUGACAAUCAGUCGUAGUUGGCGUCCGAACCCGUCCCGGGCCAACUUACUCUAAAUCAUAUAAGAAUAAAUCAACCGAACUGACAAUAUUUAUAAUAUAAUCGCGUUUCUCUAAACCAGCAAUUAAUAGCUGUUGCUGGAUGGUGUCACUCACGCAUUUCUCGGUUCCAUUUCUGUCUUGUUACUCUUGUUAGGCGCUUCAUGUUGUUGUUAGGUGCUACCUCUCUACUCUCUCUAGAAACCUGCGUCGGUGACGCCAUCUAGCAAUAUACUAAACAAACUUUCCAAUUCGGAGGAACAUGAUUUAUUAGAUAUUGUCAAUUCUCUCUAAAAUAAUUUAAACCAAAGCUUAUGUUAUGUUAUGCUUUAAGUGUAAAUUUAUUGAGUUCUAAAUUGAGCAGCUUUAUUAACUAUCGAAAAAAAUUCAAAGACUAUUGAUCGAUCUGAAAAUUUACUUUUGAACAAACCUAGGGGUCUAGCCAAAAUGACAAUCGUACAUCUAUAAACGCGCCAAACGAAAAAAAAAAUACUUAUCCAGAUAACAGAUGCUGAUUACUGAUGCUGCACAAUUACGUGAUUAUUUCCAUUCAUUAAUAGGCAUUCAUUACAAUAGUGUAGUUUCGUUUGGUGUUUUCUAUCGACCGAUUGUUAUCUUGCCUAGACCCCUGAUAUCCUGGCCUGGAUAGAUAAAAUAAUUGGCGUGUUCAAGCAGUUUAUAGGAUUAAGUUUUAAACGAUUUUUUUUUUCAAAUUAUAAGAUCCCAAUCGCCAAAUUACCUGUGGCACUAAUAGGUAUUUUUAUAGUGGCUGCUGAUGGAUAAUGGAUGAAUUAAAUAUUACUUUUAAAUGGUUAAAAAACGCUUAUAACAAUACAAAACUACAUUCUAAUAAGUCUUACUGUGCACCCACACACUAUCAUAACAUUAUAUACUCGUACUUUACCUUUAUAUGUUGUUUGUGUAGUUUAACUUGUUUUUAAUGUUCUGAGAUGUAUUUUUCAGGGCAAAUUCCUAAUGUGAUCGCAGGUGCCCCUUUAUUAUGUGUAAGUCUUCGUCUGUUUAUAGUCUACAAUCUACAUUAUUUUCUAAUUGUAUACUUUUUACUAAAUCUUGUAUUUUAUUCGAGUCUCAAAUUAUUUUUAAGUUUACUGAAUGUUGUUGUAAGCUCUCUAUUUAAAAAUAGAAUCAAUAAAUACAU